GGCGGGCCCGCCGUGAUGGUGGUGUUCGGCGGCGUCACCUACUUCACCGCCACGCUCCAGGCCGAGUGCUACCGCACCGGCGACGAGGAGACCGGCGCCCGCAACUACACCUACAUCGGCGCCGUCCGCGCCAUCCUCGGCGGCGCCAACGCCAAGCUCUGCGGCAUCAUCCAGUACGCCAACCUCGUCGGCACCGCCGUCGGCUACACCAUCGCCGCCUCCAUCAGCAUGCAGGCCAUCAAGAGGGCGGGCUGCUUCCACGCCAAUGGCCACAACGUCCCGUGCCACAUCUCGAGCACCCCGUACAUGCUCAUCUUCGGCGCCUUCGAGAUCGUCUUCUCGCAGAUCCCCGACUUCCACGAGAUCUGGUGGCUGUCCAUCGUCGCCGCCGUCAUGUCCUUCACCUACUCCGGCGUCGGCCUCGGCCUCGGCAUCGCCCAGACCGUCGCCGACGGCGGGUUCCGCGGCACGAUCGCCGGCGUCACCAACGUCACCGCCACGCAGAAGGCGUGGCGGUCGCUGCAGGCGCUGGGCAACAUCGCCUUCGCGUUCGCCUUCUCCAACGUGUACACCGAGAUCCAGGACACGAUCAAGGCGCCGCCGCCGUCGGAGGCGAAGGUGAUGAAGCAGGCGUCGCUGCUGAGCAUCGUGGCGACGUCGGUGUUCUACGCGCUGUGCGGGUGGAUGGGCUACGCGGCGUUCGGCAACGCGGCGCCGGACAACCUCCUCACCGGAUUCGGCUUCUUCGAGCCGUUCUGGCUCGUCGACGCCGCCAACGUCGCCAUCGCCGUGCACCUCAUCGGCGCCUACCAGGUGUACUGCCAGCCGGUCUUCGCCUUCGUCGAGCGCAAGGCGUCGCGCCGGUGGCCCGACAGCGGCUUCGUCAACAGCGAGCUCCGGGUGUGGCCCUUCGCCAUCAGCGCGUUCCGGCUGGCGUGGCGCUCGGUGUUCGUCUGCUUCACCACCGUGGUCGCCAUGGCGCUGCCCUUCUUCGGCGUCAUCGUCGGCCUCCUCGGUGCCAUCUCCUUCUGGCCGCUCACCGUCUACCUCCCCACGGAGAUGUACAUCGCGCAGCGCGGCGUGCGGCGCGGCAGCGCACUGUGGAUCGGGCUCAGGGCGCUCGCCGUCGCCGGCUUCGUCGUGUCGGCCGCCGCCACCACGGGCGCCGUCGCCAACUUCGUCGGCGACUUCAUGAAAUUCCGUCCCUUCAGUGGAUAG